CGCAGGGACCGAUUGCCCCCGGGUAGGGCCGGGCGGCGGCGCUCAUGGAUGCCCGCCCGCCCCGAGGGGAAACGGGCGGGGAAAAGUUUCUCCCGUGCUCUCCCUAUCCCUCCCUCCUUCUCCGCGCACGCACGCUCGCACACACACGCUCCUCUGCCUUCGCAGGCGGCGGAGGGGCACUUUUGAAAAUUAUUUUCUUUCCACACCCCGUUCUUUUCUGACAUCAUUUCUGCAGGAGGGCGGGCGGGAGGCAGCUGCCGCCACCGCCGCCAGACGGUCGCAGCCCGCGGAGUCUGUCCGGCCCCGCUGCUUGCUUGUAUGCAGGCACCAUUGUUUCAUUUCCUUCUGAUUUCCUUGCUUUGUGAUGAAGGACUUUGAAAAGCAACUGGAAGUAUACCAUCUGUGCAACAAAUGAAAGUCAGAAAAAAACCUAACCACAAGACAAGAGAAUGCUGUGUGAAUGCUGAUUUAUCUCAGACUGAAGCAUCCACAGAUCAAGGAUGUUGAUUCUUCUGGCUUUCAUUAUCGUGUUUCACAUAACCUCAGCAGCACUGCUGUUCAUCUCGACUAUUGACAAUGCCUGGUGGGUAGGAGAAAAUUUUUCUACAGACGUCUGGAGAAUGUGUUUCACAAAUAAUAGCGUCUGCAUAGCUAUCACUGAUCAGUUCAGAGAAUAUCAAUCAAUUCAGGCUGUUCAGGCUGCCAUGAUCCUAUCUACUAUUUUCUGUUGUGUGGCAUUUCUGGUUUUCAUUCUUCAACUCUUCCGUCUAAAGCAAGGAGAAAGAUUUGUGUUAACCUCUAUCAUCCAGCUCCUGUCGUGUCUGUGUGUUAUGAUUGCAGCUUCCAUUUAUACAGAUAGACAUGAAGAACUACACAAGAGCAUGGAAUAUAGCUUUGAAGUUUCUGAAGGCCAAUAUGGCUAUUCCUUUGUCUUAGCCUGGAUUGCAUUUGCCUUUACUCUGAUCAGUGGUGCUAUGUACCUAGUAUUAAGGAAGCGUAAAUAAAUGUCAGCAGCUAGUUAUUUCUGUCGCUACAGUACAAAACCAAAUUCCAGUAACCAUUUUGUAUAUAAUCAUUUACGUGGUUUUGUAGUAAAGGUGUUGUUUCUCUAAAAA